AUGGCCAGCCUGCCUCCUUUUGAAGGAACCGCUAUCCCGGCCAGCACUCCUGCCUUCCAGAGGCUCCGGGAUUAUAUUUUGGAAGGUCGAGAGGCUCAGAUUGGGGAGUUGCGAAUUGCUUCUUCCGAGGGUCCUGAGGUCUCUUGUCAGAUAACCGUGGUCGGCGAGUUCGAAGGCCAGUUUCUGGUCGCAGUGCCGCAGGGAGCAUGGCACAGGGUGGCAGGGCGCAGAUACCUGCCUCGCGAGACACUCGCUCGGCCGGUGCAGGCCGAAGUGCUUGCAUCGUCGGAGGAAAAUCCUUCCGAACCUCACAGCCUUUGGCGGAUGAAGGUCUGGCUAGGCAUGCUGCAGCCCAACCUCGAAGACUCCGUGGACUUUGCCCUCGAGGGCGAGCUGCAGCCCGAUGUAGUGUUUACAGGAUUUGGCUCACGAUCGCAAGUGCGUAUGCUGCCCUAUGGACCUUCUCUGAGCGCCAUAGCGGCGGAUCAUUUCGCCUUUCUCACUGCAGCGGAGGACCCUAUCGAGGAGGGUGGCAGCGAGAAUGCCGGAGGGGUCGAGGACCAGGCUUGGGAGCAGAGGCUCCGAUCUUUGGAGCAAGGCAUGCGACAACUUCAGACGAGCAUGCAGGCGCUGGUGGAUGGAGUCCCUUUGUCUCGCGAGGAGCCGGCAGGUCCAUCCGCAGAGGCAGCUACAGCCGCUGGAGUUGGGGCGCUUUUAGGUGCUCCCCCCGGUCUGACUCGGCCGCCGCGACUAGCAGGAUUGGAUCCUGGAGUAGUGGAUGCCGCCCGAGCUGCGGGGGUUCCGGAAAGUCAGCUGGUCAAAAUGUCGCAGAUGGCUGCGUCGGGACGCGGCAGGCUCGGUGGACGGGCGCGAGCAGCAGAUCCGCUAGACGAGUCAGACGACGAGGUGGCUCGGGGCGCUGGAGAAGGGGAUGCCCUGACUUCCGGGAGCCAGGCCUCUCAGGCGAUGAUUCAAAUCAGCCAAGUCCUGAAGGCUAUGCACUCCGAGAGAGAGAAGCGGAGCGAUUUGGAAGAGUUGCUAGACCGCGCCGAUGGCGCAGGCGACGCCCUAGGAGGAUCUGGGAGUUCGGGAAGAUCGAAGACAGCUGCAUUUCACAAGCUUCGCGGCAUUCUGAGGAACUCGCCGGAACUGAUAGCUGCUUCAAUCGAGGGUCUCAUAGCAGAGGACUUUUCGCUCGCCCAGAGCGGGCCGAGCUUGGAGGAUCGCAAGUGCACUGUGAGAGGCUGGGUCGAGCACCGAUCACACCUUCAGCAGUUUGCAGGUCCGAUCAGGAGUGCGUGGACCUUGGCUUCCAUCGUGGACCAGUUGAACAACGAUCAGCCCGAGGCCGCGAAAGCCACUGCACUGCUGGCCCUGGCAUCGCUGGAUCAGGCGGCGAUCGAUCAGGGAAACUGGCUUUUAGCCAGCGAGUUUUCAAUGCAGCCAUCUCCGCCUUUCAGUGCGUUCCAGCGACCCCGAACACUCGAUCCCUUGGAAAGCAGGCAGACAAAGAUCAUCGACCCGAGAUGGAUCUCUGUGUUCAUGUCUCGGCUGAAGGAACGAGAUGCAUUCCACACGGCCAAAAAGAAUCUUUCGGGCCAGGGAUCUUCGGCCCCUCCGGGGGGCACAGCUUCGGGAGAUGCUCCCCGAGGUCCGCCCAUCAACGUCUUUCGUGCUUUGCCGCUCUGCGCCAUCUCCGCCUUGGGGCAGUUCUCAGAGGCGGCGCUGGAGAGCGGUAGUGCCUUCGACUUUAAAGACAGGGAGUGCGAGGACAUGAGAGCCGUCCGGGAGCUAGUGCGCCGAGCUUUAAAGGCUGCGGUAGCGGGCGUGGCACAGUGGACAUCGGGGGUUCGGGUCCGAGACCCCGUCGAGCUGGGGCUCAAUGCUGUCGUUCUCAUCCUUGACUGGUUGUUCUUGGGGCAACCUCCCGUGAUUGCUCGAGGGCAUCGCAUGAGCCUCGGAGAGCCAUUGACCUCGAUUCAAUCCAAGGCGUUGUGCUCUCUGCGACAGGGAGUCGAGGACUGGAAUCGGUCAGGUCCUUUUGGGCCCGAGGAGCUAGGGCGCAGCGCGCCGAAGUUUGAGAGCUUGUAUGACAUGCUCCGUGCCUGUCAGGAGGAGUACGGAAGGCUUCCCCCUGGUGCUGACUUGGAGGAGGCCGUUUUCAGCUUCAGCCUUCCUUGUCAUGUGCUCCCUGUUGAGCCUGAUCGCUUGAACUUUGUCGGUCGCCCGAGUUUCGAUCCGCGUCCUUACCUUGAUACUGCCAAUCGGCGAACUUACGAGGACCCCAUCCGUUUUGCCGAGCCACUCUCUGAGGAAACUCGGCUCCCUCACGUUGCAGUCCAGGCAAACAAGGAUCAAGCGAGGCGUUUGCUGAGGCUCCUUGAUUCUUCGGGUCGGCUUGAGUUGUUUGCCAGGGGAGAUGUCAGGCCAGGGGUCCGAAGCGGACUUUUCUCAGUACCGAAAGACGGCCAGCGAGAUAGGAUGGUGCUGGACGCUCGGCCUCCGAAUGCUCUCGAAAGCAGCGAGUCUAGAUGGAUUAAGUCCCUGGGCACGCUUGAGCAGAUCCAGUUCAUGCAUCUUCCAGAUGACUGUGAUCUCGAGGUUCAUGCUGAGGACCUUAGGGAGUUUUAUCACAGCUUCAUUGUCUCGCCCAUUCGGGCGGCCCGGAACGUGCUUGCGCUUGAGUUUUCUUACGAAGAUGUGGCGCAUUUGUCGGUAUGCUCCAAGUCGAUGCGAAACCAGGUCCUCAUCCCAGCUCUGCGGACCAUGGCGAUGGGCGACACGAAUGCCGUUCCUCCGAGUCUUGAUUACGAGCCCCGAGGAGUCAGAAUCAUGCGGGAAGUAAUCGAAGGCUACCGAUCCAGCGGGCUCCCCCGGCAUGAAGGCAAGGCGGUCUCGCGGGCGAGUGUUGGGGACUUCUGGGGCGGGCAGCUCGACGGAAAAACGGGCAUCCUCCGCCCUUGA